CCUUCCAGAUGUUACGGUCCGCCUGCGUCUCUCAGCACGCCGGUGGCAUUUGGGUUGACCGCGGAGGCCCCCAGUGCCAGAGGGUGUCCACGUUCUGCCGUGGGCUCAGCCCAAACUUUGGACGCUCAGAGACCCAACGAGAGCGCUGGAUAAGGUGUUGACCCCCUUCCCCUCCCCCUUCCCGUCCAGUUACCCACUCCUGGACUUUGAUCUCUCUCCACCAGGCCAGGGCAGCUGAUGGUUGUGGCAGAAACAUCUCAAGGUAGCUGGUCCGCCCCCACUUCCCCAUCUACCUCUUGUCCUCCCCCCCACACCACCACCACCCUGGCUCCCCUCCCUCAUGACCGCCUGGAUCCUCCUGCCUGUCAGCCUGUCAGCGUUCUCCAUCACUGGCAUAUGGACUGUGUAUGCCAUGGCUGUGAUGAACCACCAUGUAUGCCCCGUGGAGAACUGGUCCUACAACGAGUCCUGCCCUCCUGACCCUGCUGAGCAAGGGGGCCCCAAGACCUGCUGCACCCUGGACGAUGUCCCCCUCAUCAGUGGCCCUGAUCUGCCUCCUGCGCUACGGGCAGCUCCUGGAGCAGAGUCGGCACUCUUGGGUUAACACCACGGCACUCAUCACAGGCUGCACCAACGCCGCAGGCCUCUUGGUGGUCGGCAACUUUCAGGUGGAUCAUGCCAGGUCUCUGCACUACGUUGGAGCUGGCGUGGCCUUCCCUGCGGGGCUGCUCUUUGUUUGCCUGCACUGUGCUCUCUCCUACCAAGGGGCCACCGCCCCACUGGACCUGGCUGUGGCCUAUUUGCGAAGUGUGCUGGCUGUCAUCGCCUUUAUCACCCUGGUCCUCAGUGGAGUCUUCUUUGUCCAUGAGAGUUCUCAGCUGCAACAUGGGGCAGCCCUGUGUGAGUGGGUGUGUGUCAUCGAUAUCCUUAUUUUCUAUGGCACCUUCAGCUACGAGUUUGGGGCAGUCUCCUCAGACACACUGGUGGCUGCACUGCAGCCUACCCCUGGCCGGGCCUGCAAGUCCUCCGGGAGCAGCAGCACCUCCACCCACCUCAACUGUGCCCCUGAGAGCAUCGCUAUGAUCUAAGGGCUGGGGAGGGUGGCUGGCCCGGCCUCCGCAGCACCCCACCCCAUAUCUUCUUUCCAUUUAUUUUGUACCAAAAACAAUUUUGAGAAAGUAUUCUGUUGGGAUCUGGGCUUCCUCACUUCUGGAGAAGUGGCCAUCCCAUGCCCACCUGUGCCAUAGAGGAGUGGGCCCUGCCAGCUGCCACAGCUGCAUGACCUUCCCCACCCCACGGUGUCGUUUUGUUUUUAAAGGUCACCUGUCCUCACUCACCCAGCCAGCCCUUCAGGUGCCUUCUACUCCCAGUGCCAAAGCCAGACCACUGGGGUUUCCUGCUGCAGGAAUUGGGGGCUGGGAACAGCAGAGGGGAUAGAAGUCUGGUGGAGGUGGAGUGGGCACGCCUUAGCCUACAGAAAGGCCCAUUUCUGGGCCCACUGAGCUGCACUGGGAUUCUUCACUCUGCCCCUCACUUCCUUUAGGGCAAAUAACACAGCAGAACCACGUGGGUAUUUUAGUACUUUUUUUUUAUAUUAAAAGAAUUCUAAUUUGCA